UAAAGAUUUCUUGUGUUUAAUUAAAUUUAUAUAUAUUUUUUCCAAAUGAAAUGCUCUUUCCUGAUCCUGUCAUUUGUAUUAUUCUUAAUUACAAUUUAAGCAAUAACAGCAAGUAUAAAUUACUCUACAGGAUUCAAAUGGUUGAUAAUAGAAGAUAAACUGUAUUAUAUUGAAAGGACCCCUUAUAUUUUUACGACAAGUUUACAACUUUGUAUCGAUAAGGGCAUGAAACUGAUACGACAAACUGAGAUUGAGAUAGCUAGGAAAAUAUAUUCAAUUUAUGGUGACGCUAUAAAAUUUUGGAAUUAUGAUCCAGCUCACAGUUGUGAUUUCUUUCUUAAACAUAAUCCAUAUGUAAUAUGUGACUGUACAGUAACAUCAAAUGGUUUUAUAUGUGAAUCACGCAUUACCGGUGGUACGAUGCGUUUUAAAAAUGCUACAACGCAUCAAAUUGCUGCUAAAGAUGUUCCGAAUUAUUGUGAUCCUCAUGAGAAUAAAUAUAAUGAUAUUUUAGAUUUUUGUAUUAUUCAUUAUGAGAAAAAUUAUGAAUAAUAAUAAGAAUAAGUAAUAAAGU